AUGAAUCGUUUCUUUUAUACAGUAGGGUUAAUAUUCCUCUUCAGCUUGUUCAUACUCUUUUCUCCGAAGACAUCUGAUUUGUCAAAUAACGAGGACCUUCAUCAACAGCUAUUGAUUUCUCUGCAGAAGGAAGAAGAACGAUGUGACUUGUUUUGUGGACACUGGGUUCAAGACCUGAGAGGUUCUCAAUAUACAAAUGUAAGCUGUUCAUCUAUCCCUGAAUCGAAGAAUUGCUUCAUGCAAGGAAGGCCAGACUCAGGAUUUUUGCAGUGGAGGUGGAAACCCGACGGGUGUGAGCUUCCAAGAUUUGAUCCCGGAACAUUUUUUGAGAUUGUCAGGGGAAAGACGAUGGCGUUUAUCGGAGACUCGGUCGCUCGAAACCAUGUAGAAUCACUUCUCUGCCUCUUGUCAUCGGAAGAAAUGCCACUGGGCAUCUACAAGGAUACUGAAGAUCGUACGAGAACAUGGUAUUUUCCUCACAGUAAUUUUACCCUAAUGGUCAUCUGGACUAGAUUCCUAGUACUUGAUGAGGAGAGGGUGAUUAAUGGUAGUGUUACAGGUGUUUUUGACCUGCAUCUUGAAAAGAUGGACAAGAACUGGGCAAGCAAACUCCCAGAAAUAGACUACGCAAUCCUAUCGGAUGCUCAUUGGUUCUUCAGGAAGAACUACCUGUACGAGAAAGGCGAGAACAUAGGAUGCAUAUUCUGCGGUGAACCAGGCAUCAAAAGCUUGGACAUUGAUUCCGCCCUCCAGAUGGUAAUCAAGGUUGUGCUCAAUUAUAUCAACAACUGCAAAAAGUGCAGGAAUAUUUUGACUGUGUUAAGGACAUUCUCACCUGCACAUUUUGCGGAUGGAGCAUGGGACACAGGAGGGAGCUGCAAUAGAACGCAUCCACUCGGUGAGAAAGAGAUCGACUUGGCAAGUUUAGACUGGAAAAUCAGAAGCAUGCAAGUAGAAGAAAUUAAAAGAGUAAGACCAGUAGCAAGGAGAAGGAAAAAAUUUGAAGUUUUGGAUGUCACCAAGGCUAUGCUGAUGAGACCUGACGGGCACCCUAAUUCCUACUGGGGUAACAAAUGGAUGAAAGGCUACAACGACUGUGUCCAUUGGUGCAUGCCAGGACCCAUCGAUGCAUGGAAUGAUUUCUUGAUAGCAUUGCUGAGAAGACAUGCAUUUACCGAUUUCACCUGGUCAUGA